UCCCCUUCUUUUUCCACGAACAUUUCCAUCUCCCUCUCAUGGUGGUAAACAGAGCCUUUAAUCUACCAAACACCACCCACUGUAUACCAGUUUCGUGAUUCAUAAAUUCCUUCUCCUAUAUAAAUGAACAAUUGCUGCUACAAUGUGUAGCCAACAAUCUUAGUAGGUUCGAGGUGAGGAAGAUCAAAAGGGCAAGUGAGAACGAGGAGUGAGAUGGGCGAAGAAGAAGCAAAGAAUGUGGAGAUUGGGGGAUCCGCCGGGGAAGCUACUACGCCGGCCCCUGCUGAGCCGGCGGAGCCUCCGAAGCAUGCGGCUGAAGAUAAGCCGAUGAUGCCGCCGUCGCCGGAGGAGAAGCCCGAAGAGGCCAAAGCCCUGGUCGUCGUUGAGAAGGCCAUAGACCCUCCGUCAACCGGGAAAAGCUCUGCUGGUUCAGGUCCAACUGAUAGAGAUGCUGUUCUUGCACGAGUUGAAAAUGAGAAGAGAAUGUCACUAAUCAAGGCAUGGGAAGAUAGCGAGAAAGUCAAAGCUGAGAACAAAGCAAUUAAGAAGAUGGCUGAUAUCUUAGCAUGGGAGAACUCGAAGAGGGCAGCAGUGGAAGCUGAACUGAAAAAAAUAGAGGAAGCCCUGGAGAAGAAGAAAGCAGAAUAUGCAGAAAAGAUGAAGAACAGGAUUGCUACAAUUCACAAGGAAGCAGAAGAGAAAAGAGCCUUUGGAGAGGCCAAGCGCUUGGAAGAUAUUGUGAAGGUAGAAGAGAUGGCUGCAAAAUACCGUGCAACUGGACAAGCUCCAAAGAAGCAAUUGGGAUGCUUUUGACUGUGUUUGUGGAGAAAUUAUUAGCUGCGUAGCCCCCUCUCUCUCCUCUUAUUGGUUGGUUGUAGGUGUGUGCAAUGCAUCUAAUAUUUUCUAGUGUUUGUGAGAGUUGUGAUCGUUUCGUUUUUAUUUUUUAUUUUUUGUUUGUAUGUGAGUUCCUUUUGCGGCACUUUAGUUGUGGUGUGCAAGUGUGAUUGUAUUUAUAAGUAGUAUUUUUUUUGAAAGAAU